GGGUCCAUUGAUCCGUUCUAUAUAACCUCUGCCCACGAGCCUAGGGUUUUCUCCCCUGCUUCGCGUCUGCCACCUCCAGCCGCCACGAGAGGUAAGUUCAAGCAGGAGUUCAGAGAGGUUCAAAUGGCUCCUAAAGCUGCUCUUGCCAAGAAGGGCGAUGUCAAGGCCCAGGCCUUGAAGGUUGCCAAGGCAGUGAAGUCUGGGGCAGUCAAGAAGAAGACCAAGAAGGUCCGCACAUCCGUGACAUUUCACCGCCCCAAAACCCUGAAGAAGGCAAGGGACCCAAAAUACCCAAGAGUCAGUGCCCCUGGAAGGAACAAGCUUGAUCAGUACCAAAUUCUCAAGUACCCCCUUACCACUGAAUCUGCAAUGAAGAAAAUUGAAGAUAACAACACUCUGGUCUUCAUUGUCGACCUCAAGGCAGACAAGAAGAAGAUCAAGGCUGCUGUCAAGAAGAUGUAUGACAUUGAGGCAAAGAAGGUCAACACCCUGAUCAGGCCUGAUGGGAAGAAGAAGGCUUACGUGAAGCUGACGCCAGACUAUGAUGCUCUCGAUGUGGCAAACAAAAUCGGCAUCAUUUAAGUUACAGGCUACUGCGUUAGGGCUUAUUUGUCCUGGUUUUUAUGUGAAACGAGAGUUUUGUAGCUAUUCCUUAGCAAGGGGCCUCGGUGGCUCAGUUACCUGUCUUGAUGCACACUUAUGAAUUUGAUACCAUCCAAGUGACCUGUUUUGUGCUUC